AUGGAAAGAUACAAAAUUCUUGUCAAGACAAGAUUAUUCUACAAGGUCAAGGCAAUGGCUAAAGAGAAGAUUCAUGGAAACUUUAGAGAGUCUUACUCACUUCUGCCUAGGUAUGCAGAGAUGAUUAAGGCAACUAAUCCUGGUAGUUGGGCUUUGAUCACUUGGACAGAACAAACAACAACUGAAGUUCCAAAGUUCAAAGCAUAUUUUUUCUCAUUUGCAGCUCAACUAAGGGGAUUUUUAAGAGGUUGCAGGCCCAUAAUUGGUAUUGAUAGUAAUAAUGAGAUAUUUGUUAUUGCUUAUAGGAUAGUUGACACUGAAAGCUGUGACAGUUGGUCUUACUUCCUUAGAAAUCUCAAGAGUAUGUUUCAAAAUGAAGGCUGCAACAGAGAUGAUUGGACUUUCAUCAGUGACAGAAUGAAGGGAGUAGACUCAGCAGUGCAUGAAACUUUUCCUAGAGCCACUAGAAUAGUAUGUUGUCAACAUCUUUACAUGAACCGCAAAGCUGCUGGUUUUAGUGGAACAACAUUUCAUAAGCUGUUUUGGAUAGCAGCUGAUGCAUAUAAUGAGUAUGUCUACAACAAGGCCAUGCAGAAGAUCCUAAAGUACAAUCCAAAGGCUGUAGAGUACUUAGACACUGUAACUGAACAAUGGUCAAGGCAUACAUUUGACCCAUCAGUCAGGCAGUGGUGCAUGAAAAGAAUUGGAGUGAGGUAUGAAAAAGCUGCUGCUAUGGGGCCAGAUGACUUGACUGAGUAUGCAUCUAGGAUUUUGCAAAGUAGGAGUGAUGAGUCUAGGUUAUGUUAUGCUACAGCUUGUGGUGGUGGGGAAUUUGAGGUGAGAGAUAGGCAUGUUCUGUAUCCAAUUAAGCUGCAAACUGGUACUUGUGGUUGUGGGGUAUGGCAGCACUCUGGUAUCCCUUGCAAGCAUGUGUUAAGGGUGAUUUAUCAUGAAAGACUGCAACCUACAGAUUAUGCUUCUGCUUGGUUCAAGGGGGCUGCAUAUAAACAAGUGUAUGGAGAGAAUAUCCAUCCCAUGCCUGAUUCAACUCAAUGGCAAUCAUUCAAUCUUCCUGAGAUAUAA